CAGACAUGUUCCUUGAGCGCACUGUUCCGUCAACCCGGCCAGGAAACCUGAAAAAAACGCCUCAAAUCGAACGAAGAAAAGGGCUUCUCCGCCAUCAAACCGCCCAAGGUGGAUGCAUCGCUGCCCGCCCAAUUUUGGGCCCUGUCUGGGCAUUCCGCCUGGCCUCAUCCCAGCGUGUCCUGCAGACAGUGCCCGGGGCCUCGCGCUCUUGAGGUGGCGAUCGCUCAACUCCCCGGCUGGCACCCUCCAUCCACAAUCCUACCCGGCGUCAUCCCCAGCACAUCCAUCGAUUUUUGGCCAGAGUCCGCAACAAACAAACAAGCAGCCUCAUUUCGUUCCCCGUGCUGCCCUGCUUGAAAUUCCUGCCCCCUUUCGACGCAACACCUCGCACCCCCAGCCUCACGCCCGCUCAGCCUAGAAAAGCCGCCUGAAUCUCGGAUUCCACCUCACAAAAUGAACACCAUCGCCAGCCAGUAUACACACGCGGCGCAGUCCCAACUCCACAACGAGUACAGCACGGGCACAGCCAACUUGGCUGCGUCGACGCCGCAAUUGCUGUUGGCGCCCAGCAUCGAAGUGCCGCAGAUCCUGAAACCCGCCGAGUUCUUGCGGGCCCAUACAGACCACGCCGCCAACCCGGACUGCAAAAUCAAAAUUGCGCACGGCACCACGACCUUGGCGUUCCGCUUCCAGGGCGGCAUUGUGGUUGCCGUCGAUUCGCGUGCCACGGCCGGGAACUGGGUUGCAUCGCAGACCGUCAACAAGGUGAUCCGAAUCAACCCGUUUUUGUUGGGCACAAUGGCCGGAGGCGCCGCGGACUGCCAGUACUGGGAGACCUGGUUGGGCACGCAGUGCCGCUUGCACGAGUUGCGUGAGAAGGAGCGCAUCUCCGUGGCCGCCGCCCUGAAGAUCUUGGGCAACUUGGUCUACCAGUACAAAGGCAUGGGCUUGUCCAUGGGCACCAUGGUGUGCGGGUACACGAAGAAGGAGGGCCCUGCAAUCUACUACGUGGACUCCGACGGUACCAGAAUGAAAGGGGACAUGUUCUGUGUGGGGUCGGGCCAGACCUUCGCCUACGGUGUCUUGGACUCCGAGUACAACUGGGACAUGUCCGUCGAGGACGCCUUGUACUUGGGCAAGAGAUCCAUCUUGGCCGCUGCGCACAGAGACGCCUUCUCGGGAGGCUCCAUCAACUUGUACCACGUGACCGAGAGCGGGUGGGUGUACCACGGCAACCACAACGUCGGCGACAUCUUCUACGACAUCAAAGAGACCGAGAAGUCGUUCAACAAUGUCGACGGAUGAGGCGCUGUGCAGCGCGCGGCCCGCACUCUCGCUUCCCAGCCCCGCGAGCCGGGUUUUUGGCCACCAGCCGCCGAGGGCAUCCCGAUGCGCAGCGGAGAGCUUCGUGUGGUCAAUUGACGUGGCCGGGGAAGCUGGGUCGCCGCGGCCAGGAGCCGUUCCGUUGCAAGCAUCCGCUCCAGUACGCGAGUGAAGCCGGCAAGUAGUGUAGAUACGGCACAAUAAAAGAGAUCAUCAA